UUUAAUUUGAACCAUAGGUAGAGUAAGUAGCUAGUAAAAAUGGAAGAAGCGGAAACUUCAAAGAGAACAGACGAAUUUGUGAAAAGUGCUGAUGAUGGUUUGAUAGGAUCUGAUAAACAAGAGCCGCUGAAGCUUCAACGUCAAGAUAGCAAUGCAAGUGGGCAGUCUUUUGGGCAAGCUCCUAAUAAUAUGACGCUGCAGUUUGUUAUGCCACAUCAGUAUGGAUCAGGUCAACGAAUUCAUGAGGAUCCACAUGGGUUUGAUACUUUACAAGGCGCCCAUCGCCGCUCUAGACCUGUUUCAAGAAAUGGCAGUUUUCAUGACUCAAAAUCACCUGGAUUUGUUAAUACUAGAUUAGUAAAUUAUAAUCGUGGACUCUCACAUCAGCCAUCUCUCAGAUCACAACGUCCUGAGCCAGCUGCACACCAUCCACCUCCUUCAUCAGAAGAAGAGAAGUCAAAAAUGACAAGACGGUUCUUUGCAACCAUCAUAUCGAUGUGCUAUGCAAUAUUCCUAUUGAUGUUUGGACUGAUUGUGUUUAUUGCUGAUGCUCUUGUAGAUCUACAUCCGCUUCCCCAAAUAUUCUGUAUCUUCAUGCUAGUUGUUGGAUUAAUUUACUUUUUAUUCUUAUACAUCGACAUACGAAUGCACAUUGGAAAAGCUAGGAAAGCCGUUAAUGAACGCGAUGAUCAGAUGAGACGAUAUGAAGACCAAAUACAUCAUAUAGAAGAACAUUUUCAAUCGUCACUAGAAAUGAGACAAACAGCAAAUGGAAAUGUUGUCCAAAUUCCAAUACCUGAUAUUAUGAUGAAUCCAGUUAAGCCAAUUUCUCAUCGUUAUUGCUUCGCAACUGGCAGACACGGAGAAUUUUUUUAUCUAAAACUCGGUGCAGCGUGGUUUUGCUUUGGACUUCUUAUUCACUCAACUCUAUCUAUCUUCUACGAGUCGGUGUACCUUUCGCUAGAUUCCGAAUGCUUUGAUGCUUUGCAAUUAACUGUCGAUAUCUUGUUUCCCAUUUAUUCAAUCGUAAUAUUAUUUUUGAUCUUUAAAUACUGCAAUGUUAUAAUUAAUGGAUAUCGUGGUGCUGCUCGCAUUUUCUUCAUGCAUGCAAUUGGAACAUCAUUGGCAUUUUGGAUUUUUACAAUUGUACGAGAAACUGAAAACGCAAUAGAAUUGAAGAGGCAAUACAAAUACAAUUAUAUGGAUACCAUUGUGGACGGUUUCGGUCACACACUUAGAUCUAAUUCUUCAAUUUAUGCAUAUCAAGCAAGUGAAGAAUGUCCAGGAUCAACUGACUUAAAUUCAAUAAGACGAAUGUUUUCACCAUACCUUUAUCCUUUUGUAAUUGAAUUCUGCAUUUUGGUUGUUGGAAUAUUUUACAUGAUGUGGGCAAAUAUUAAUCAAUGUCCGAAGAAAAAAGCAGCAGCAGCAGCUCAUGCACACGAGCACGGACAUGGACAUGGAGGUUCUGCACAUGGCAGCCACAAUGACUUACACAAUAGCACAACUAAAUUGGUUCAUAACAAUUCAUUCAAUUUACAUCCAAUUCAUGAAGAAGAUCAUUCACCAAAUGGACUUGUCAUGCCUAAUCGACCAGGAAGUUCUGUAUCUGAUCAUCACAAUCCAUUGAUUUAUCAUGAAAGUACCGAUUAUAAAAGUUCUUUAGUCAUUUAUGCUGAUUGUCAUUCAGCAAGUCGAGGUCUUUUUGCUGGAAUGAUUUUAAUGAUAUUAAAGAUUGUUUUCAUCAUCUUGUUACACGUUGCUGUUCACAAUCCAGAUUAUGCUGAUACUGGAGUCAUUAUUGAUCGUUCUUUUGAACUACUUAUUCUAUUUGUUAUGAUUAUUUGUGUAGUGUGCGCUUAUGUACAAACAGCAAAAUUAGAUAUCAAUCCACAUCCUAUCAGUAAAUUAGAUGAUGUUCUUCUAUUCAUUGCAAUACCAGCUUUCUUCUCAGAAACAAUAUUUUCAAUGGUUCCAGCAAUUGUUUAUGGCUCAUACUUGAAUGUUGCAAUAAUAAUGGCACAGCUUAUACAAAUUCUUCUACAAACUCCAUGGAUAAUAGAUGCACUUCGUCGAUGUUCAAACUCAGAGGAAUUGAAAAGAGAAAAGCCUGGACGAGAAUUGGUCACCUUUUUAACGAUAGCCAAUGUUGCACUAUGGAUUUAUUACACAUUCUCUGUUAAAACCGGUGAUAUACAAGAUGAAAGAUAUAAAUUCUACUCAGACGAAAUUUGGAGUAUAUUGAAUCACUUAUCCUUGCCGCUCAUCAUGUUCUAUCGAUUCCAUGCAUCAGUAUGUCUAGUGGAUAUUUGGAGACAUAGCUAUGAGCCUGGUGAAUUUGCACAUUGAAAAAAAAACUUAAUUUAAAAUGUUGCAUGCUCGAUAUCAAAAGGAUUUUAUAUUGUUAUAUAAAACAGGCUUUAAAAUGUUUGUGAAAAAAACAUAGGACGUCACUUAAAACAAGCAACUCCUUUUUCAUGUUUUUAUGACAAUAUUAAAUUGUAGGUUCUAGAUUUUAAUUUUAUUUCACUUUAUUUUACGUAUCAAAAUACAACUUAUUAUUGCACAAGAUUCAUUUAAAGGGUAAAUUUGAAUCAAUCAAUCAUAAAACAUAGACUUUGGCAUCAAUGAAUAACAAAUUUUUACCUUCUUCCUCGUCACUCGAUUCUGUCAACAAACACAUAUAUAGAACACGGCAAUGAUUGAAACUUUUUUUAUAUUUCAUAAAUAUAUGACUGCAUAAAUGUUUGUGAUUGAUUGAACGAGUCUAUUGUGAUACACGUGAGAGGUGAGAGCAUCAGGAAGAUAAAAAAUUGUCAUACCAACAUUAUUGGAACAGCGCAUUUUCAUCCAUAAAAAAAGAUUAAAUGAUUUUAUGCCUAUGAAAAUUAUGAACAUGCAAAGCAUUAAUGCUCAACAUUUAUAUUGCUCACUGCUUCAUUAUAAAUUAUGGCUUCCCAUAAGAUAAUUAGAUUAAAUAUCGGAAAAUAGUAAAUUGCUGCUAGGAUGCAAGUAAAUUGAUAGACUUUAAAGUUUCAUUACUGUUUCAAAAUGUAUGCAAUAUAUGAUUUGGAAUACUUUCUUUAAUCUAUUGAACUGUUCUGGUAACUAUAUUUUGGACAUUUUUAAACUUUAAAUAAUGAAAAAUUGUUAAAAUAGCUAAUUUUAAAGCAAACAAUAAAAUGUUAAUAGGUUUUAAGAUUUAUUUAAUAAAAACAAGAAUAUGUUUUAAAAAAAU